CCGCAGCAAAGGGCGUUCACAACAUAGCUCCUUCCAGCAGCAGCCACAACAGCAACAAUACCACGCCCCCAGGUCCGCCUUAGCGCCUGGCGCCUCCGCCUACUUCCUGGGUGACGACGUGGACCAAGGGGGGGUCUUCUGAAGCUGCCCACAGCAGGAGCCACAGCAGGAAAUACAGACAGGCCCCCUGCUGGACAUAGUUGUCAAUGGACAAUGUUAUCAGUUCAUGAUUGACACUGGCGCUACACAUUCACUUUUGAAUGCAGUAGUUCCAAAGAAACUGUGUGCUUCCUUUUUAAAGGUUGAAGGCUUUGCUGGGGUCACAAGGAUGUUACCUGUCACCAAACCACUUCCGGUUCAGAUUGCUGGACACUCGCUAAAGCAUCCCUUCGUGGUUGAUCAUCACACACCUUGCCUGCUCGGUAAUGAUCUGCUUUACAAACUGUACCCUGACAUCCAAUAUCGCACAGAAGGAACCUUCCUGGUGUUACCUGACGGCACUACCACCAAGCUGCGACACCACUAUAAAGGCUCCUCCAUGUUUGUGCUCAUGCCUCAACCUGAGGUACCACAAAUGGCGGACAUCUACUGGACACGCCUCCUCCCGGAAACAAGUGAAGGACAAGGGCUGCUCCUGCUCUUCUAUCAGUGGAAGCCCUGGCUGACCGAGCUGCGUCCGUAUGUACCACCACCUGAUCCGCCACAUGUCACCUUAUAUUAUGAUCGCCAAUCUGAUGAAAGUUACCAAGAAGUUUUUGACACCAUAGCAGGAAAAGAGUGGUCUUUGGCCUACACUCACAUCUAUGCUGGAGCUCAGGGUGUGUCCGCCCAUGUCGACUUCACUCCUCAACAGAAAAAAUGGUAUAAAAUGGACGCUACGGCAGUCCCACAUUGUUCUCUUGCUCUUUGUCCCGCCUACCAAGCCAAGGACUUGGGUCCAAUGACAAAACAGGGAGUAUCUGCCACUGAUUGGGUAGACACCCAAAUACCACACUUACAACAUUCUGACUCAGUUGAUAUGUUUCGUAUCUCCUGCUCUCAGACUGCUGACCUCGGGGUUCUACAACAUCUUCAGGUCGCUCGAGAGCAUGGGCAAGAACGAACAGACCAUCCUGAAGCUGCUGACAUGUUAAACACCCUCCCACUGACCGUUUGGUCUCAAGGUCCCACAGAUGUUGGUCUUGCUGUCAAUGCGUCCCCUGUCUCUGUCAAAAUUGACACCAGUAGUGUGGUACAUGUCAGACAAUACCCACAAAAACAACAAGCCAUAGAUGGCAUUACAGAUACCAUCUCAGGCCUUAAACAAUCUGGAGUAUUGGAACCCUCCAACUCUAAAUGGAACACACCUAUUUUGCCUGUUCCAAAAACUGGCACCUCUGUGUACCGGAUGGUACACGAUCUUAGGGCCGUUAAUGACGUCACAGUGACCCCUCCCAUACCUGUUCCUAACCCUUACACAGCACUCACCCAUCUGACCACUGCACACUGUUAUUUCUCUGUCAUUGACCUAGCGAAUGCUUUCUUUUGCAUCCCUAUCGCUGAAUGCAUCAAACAUGUCUUUGCUUUCACCUUUCAAGGUCAAAAGCUGCAGUACUCCCGCCUCCCACAAGGUUGGAAACUGUCGCCUGGCCUUUUCAACCAGCAAUUACGAGACGAUCUGGCCUCAGUGGAGCUUUUUGACGACACAUUUGUUGUCCAGUAUGUAGAUGACAUACUCAUCGCUGCUUCUUCUCCUACCUCAUGCCUGGCGGCCACCCUAGCUGUUCUUCAGCGUCUGGCCUCAACAGGAUACAAGGUCUCUCGUAAGAAAUUGCAGGUUGCCCGUUCCCUUGUUCAUUUCAUGGGGCGGGAGAUCUCCUCAACGGGGGUCUCCCUGUCCCCUGACCAUCGCCAGUCUAUCCUAUGUCAUCCUAAACCCUCUUCUGUCAAACAAUUACAGUCCUUCCUUGGAUUGGCUGGUUUCAGCCGCUCCUACAUUCCUUGUUUUUCCUUGAAAACAGCUCCUCUUCGUGCCCUCCUCCGCACUGCUGGAGUCCGCAACUCAAAUGCUGCCCUCCAGUGGACGGUUGAGGCCGAACAAGCUUUCAUUGACCUCAAGCAACAUUUGUCUUCUGCUUCUGCCCUUGCAGUACCAGACUACAAACUACCCUUCUACUUAGAUGUUUCUGAGAGUGAAGGUACUGCUAACGCUGUCCUUUUUCAGAAACCUGAAGGGGGAGGUAUAGGGGGAACGCGUUGCGUUUUAACCUACACCAGCAUUCUGCUUGACCUAUCUGAACUUCGACAUCACACAUGCUCGCAACAUGCUUCCACUUUGGCAAAACUGAUUGACAAAACGGCACACAUUGUCAUGGGACACCCACUUACAGUACUGACAAACCACACUGUCAUUGCAUAUGUAUCAUCACAUUUGUUUACCAUGACGCCACUCAAACAACGCAGACUCAUGAAAAUUUUGCAACAACCUCACAUAACUUUUACACACGAAGGAAUCAACAUGGCUGAUAACAUAAAUAGUGGAGAAUUACAUCACUGUGAGGAGAGAGUUGCUUUGACUGAAAAGAUAAGACCAGACCUGUUGACCACACCCAUCCCAGGCUCCCACUGGCUGUUCACGGACGGCUGUUGUUUCAGACAUCCUCUAAAGGGAUUGCAGGCAGCUUGGUCAGUGGUACAGCAGUCCAGCUCAGGAGAAUGGGAGACCUUGGCCACCCAGACACUUGACGAACAGCUGUCAGCCCAAAGAGCUGAACUUGUGGCUUUGACAGAAGCCCUAAAGCAAGGAAAAGACUACGAAGUGACUAUCUUUACAGACUCGGCUUAUGCCUUCAUGUCAGCUGUCAUUGACCUUCCUAAAUGGAAGAGAAAUGGCUUCCUGACUGCUGAAGGACAUCCGAUUAAAUACAAGACAGAAAUGGAAGCACUGGAAACAGCGCUGCUCCUACCUAGAAGGAUAGCUAUUGUCAAGUGCAAGGGACACAGUAAGGAAGAAGGGACAGUAACUGAUGGUAACAACUUUGCUGACUCCGUAGCUAAGCAGACUGCUGGCUAUGACAAGACUGGAAUUAUCAUGACUGCCACUGCCUGCCAGACAGAACUCCUACCUGCCCUGUCUGAUGAUGAAAUCAGAAAACAUCAGGGGCAGGCCUCACCACAAGAGAAAAUUUUGUGGCUAAGAAGAGGCGCUAUACAAGACCUGACAGGUCUUUGGCGAGGGCCAAAUGGUCACCUGGCCUGGCCCCCAGGAAUUAGACAAAAAAUGCUCCGAUGGGCCCACGGUCCCGGACAUGUGGGGGCAAAGCAAACAAAAGCGAACUUGUCACUAUGGUGGCACCCCUAUUUGGAGAACAUUGUAGACAACUACGUCAGAUACUGCGAUAUCUGCCAGGACUUUAACCCCAGACCAACACUGAAACCAGAAAUGGGGACUUUCCCCAUUCCGGCACAAAAUGGUGAAGAAUGGACGAUCGAUUACACUGACAUGAUCAAUCCGGUACAAGGGAAAAGGUACUUGCUAACUUGCGUUGACAAUUACAGUGGAUGGCCGGAAGCAACUCCAACCUCAAAAGAGGAUGCAAAAUCAGUAAUUAAAUGGCUUGUUAAUGACCUAAUUCCCCGACAUGGUUUCCCCAAAAAGAUUAGGUCAGACAACGGCACCCAUUUCAAAAAUACUCACCUAGCCUUGGUCGAAAAGGCUCUCGGACUAGAACACAGGUUUGGUUCGGUGUACCAUCCUCAGUCCCAAGGUAAGGUCGAGAGAAUGAACCAAAACAUCAAGACAAAAUUGGCUAAAAUCUGUGCACAGACCAAAUUGAAGUGGGUUGACGCGUUACCAUUGGCUUUAAUGACCAUCCGAAUGUCCAUGAACAAAACUGGUUUUUCACCCUAUGAACUGCAUUCAGGUCAGCCCUUCCCAGGACCAGCUGCCUCCCUGGAAGGAAGAAUCAGCGUAAAACCAAAAUGGUACUUUGAACAAAUUCAGAAUUUGUGUAAUAAUUUCUCUGCACAGAUUCGUGGACAACAAUCCACUCCUCCAGGGACCCUCCCUCCCGUAGAGUGGGUCAAGCUCAAAGUCAUCAAACGCAAGUGGACGGAGCCCAGGUGGACUGGUCCCUUCAAGGUCGUGGAACGGACGUCUCACGCCCUUCGACUAGCUGGUAAAGGGGACACCUGGUACCACCUCUCCCUCUGCACUCCUGCUGAAGAACCUGACAGAUCACCAGCGGAUGUCAUUGCUGACAUCGCCACAUCAUCUGCCCCACUCGACCCCCUAGCAGCGCCUUUUGAGCCUGAGGCAGCUGAAGAAGAACGGGAGCAGAAAACGACUCAUUUUUAGUGGGUGUGUUAACGAAGUAACACACAUAAGGGGUGAUCGUGCUAGUAACCUCUCCCCCUCUAGGUCAUAGAAGAGCGAGGCUUUAAUUACACACACAUAAUCCUACAGCCCAGAAGACGACGCUGAGAGAGAGAUUUUCUACCUAUAUUACUCUUUUUAACUUCUAUAUUGUAUAUCCUUAUUUGAGACCAGCCUUUAUACUCGAAGUUAUCCAAUUUCUUUUGCUUGUUUUCAGCAUAACUAUCUGUGUCGUUAUAUUAAGUGAAAAGUUUGAUGUUUAUCCCCGUUUCGUUACCUGAAUUACUCUGAUUUUGAUAGUCGAAAAGCAGGAUGUUACGCCCAGAAGUAUUUCCUGACGGAUUGGUGUUUAGGCUUGUUCUACUGUUCUUGUGCCUCAGUCCUUCCUUCCCGACGACAGUGACUGACAAGUGUCUUAGAACAUACGGCGGACUUGAAAUAGACUGGGUUAGGGGGGACAGCAAGACUUAUUUUUUUGACCUGUGCAGUGUGAUUAAAUGCGGGGGAAAAAAUAGUUUGUACCGUAGUAGUAACCUCUAUCUUUGUGACGACAUAAAACUGAAUCAUUGGUGUCGGAAGCAGACAACAUACUCUAGUGGGUGGUGCCCCUCAUGGACGAGUGUAACCCACUACACAGGGCCCUCUUUUUACCAUUACCGCCUACCUCUACUAUUAGAAGUUAUUCAGAGAGGGAUGACCUUUCAGAGGAAUUUUGAUCGUUCCCAGAAUCCCCUUGCACUUACAAUUAUCGGAAUGGGUGUUGUGCCAAGUCCCUUUUAUGUUGUUUUGGGGGUUGAACAGGCUGGUACGGACCCUAAAGGGAUUAUUAAAAUUAAUAUCCUUGAGAGGGCAUUAACUACCUUUGCCCCCUCUGUAGCACCUAAAGUGCCACUCCACCUCGGUGACGUUACAAAAGCUCUCACAUCUGUGUAUACUAAUGACAUCACCACUGAAGACCUGGUAGCUUUGACCUUAGGAGCAGGUGCAGGCAACCUAUGGCUCAGGUGGAUGACUAGCAUGGCUAAGAGCCAAAACCUGGGUGACUGUGUUGCUUGUUCCGCUGGACGUCCUUUUCCCCACACUUACCCCGCCCCUUUUAAGUUGACUGACAUAAAUGGCUCAAACUGUCUUAUUUCCUUGUUCUCUGAACCCACGCCACCAGGGUGCGAUUUGUUGGCUAGUGUGUACCCUCCUGUUGACAAUUCCACCCGACUUCUUCCAUUUGUGGCCCAAAAGCUGAAUUACACGUGUUUUCAAUUCAAAGGACCCUCUUCGUCCCCCAACAAAUUGGGUGAUAUGAACCCUUCCUGGUGCACCACACUGAUAGAUGGCUCAAGGAUAGGCCCUUGGGCACGAGCUGACUUAUUCUGGUAUUGUGGGGAGCACAGAUUGUACAUUAGAAUCCCAAAGUCAUCCGUAGGGCUUUGUGCUAUGGUUAGACUGGUGACCCCACUCACCCUAGUGGGUACCAAAUUAACUCCCCUUGUAACUCCUGUCUCAGCGGCCUCUCUAACUUCUCGCCGACGCCGCCAUGUUUUAUCUCGAAGGAGUGUAAAGGGCUCCUUUGAUCUGAUGAGAAACCCUGAUGGUGUUUACUUUGAUGCAAUUGGACAACCAAGAGGGGUCCCCUCACAACACAAAUUGUGGUGUGAAUCCUGUGCAGGUUUCGAGAACCUUCCUAUCAUUGGUGCUAUUUUCCCUGUGACUGCUACUAAAAAUGUUGAACGCAUUAACUAUGUUUUUUAUAAUCUGUUGAGACUGACCAACCUGACUCGUGACGCCGUUGAGGGACUUGCUGAACAACUUGCCCCGACCUCUCUCAUGGCCAUCCAGAACCGCAUAGCCCUUGACCGCAUCCUAGCCAAGGAAGAAGGCGUGUGUGCAAUGUUUGGUGACCAAUGCUGUACCUUCAUUCCUAACAACACUGCACCAGAUGGCUCAGUUCAGAGGGCCUUAGAGGGCCUCCAGGCCCUGUCUAAGGAACUUACUGAAGUUUCAGGGGUCUCUGACCCCUUUAAAGAUUGGCUCCAAAGCACAUUUGGCAGGUGGACUGACCUAAUUAAGUCUGUCCUGGUCUCCAUUGGAGUUUUCUUGGCCAUUAUAGCCUCUUGCGGUUGCUUUAUCGCCCCUUGUGCUAAGUCUCUAUGCACCCGCAUCAUUGUUAGAGCUGUAGAAGGUCAACCCCACCCUGUUUCUGGGCUCGUUAUGUCUUUGAAGGGGGUCAAGCAAAAUGGAGACUUUCGAGAAUUGUUGAUUUCCUUCCCUGACCAUGACGACAUUGACGUGGACUCCCUCCAUCUAUCAUCCAUGUAAAUAUGCUGUUGUUUUAUUGCUAGCUUGCUCAAAGAAAAAAAAAAAAAAAAAACUACAGCACCUACUUUAAUGUGGGGCGUGCUUUAGAGGUGUUGCUCUCGUAGGAGAGAUCUUUUGGAUAAGAUCUGAAGGGGGAUUGUAGAUAAUGCAUAUGUUUAAGAGCUAUUUCUUUUCUCAUAAUCAUGUUUGAAUCAGCUCAUUUCUUUCCUUAAUUUUACUCUGUAUACUAGUUUCUCUUUGUCUUCAGAUUGCCUGGUUAGAUAGGGUCGUAAACCAUCAGGAAUGUGAACACAACCC